UGAGUCCUGACACAUCUUCGUCAAGACCAUGGUAUCUCCCCUCGGACAAAUGCGUCUUCAAUGCCUACUUUAAAAAAAAUUGAAAUCAAUACAUUUGAGCGCCUUGACACAGCCACUUGGCCAGUCAUGACUCACAAGGCGGCUGUUUCUUAUCCGACGUGUCCUCUCUACUUCAUCCCGCCAUCGUCCAUAAGAGAUUUGGCCUGAGAUGUCUUACUAUACCCCUAAUCAUGCCCAUUCAUCAAACCUCAGUCGAUAUCCUAGUACCCGACCUAGGCCAUACGGCUAUCAACAAGGCCCUCCAACCGGCGCUGAUCCUCAGCUCUGGCAGUGGUUCUGCGCUGUUGAUACUGAUAGAUCGGGCGCCCUCAGUGUUACUGAACUUCAAGAUGCCCUGGUAAACGAGUUUGAUCUCGAUACGGUGAAGAUGCUCAUGAACAUCUUUGAUACCGAUCGGAGUGGAACUAUCGGCUUUAACGAAUUCGCUGGCUUGUGGAAAUACAUUGCUGAGUGGCAGCGAGUCUUCAAGCACUUCGAUAGAGAUCAUUCUGGCUCCAUCGAAGGACGUGAACUUGCGGAGGCCCUGCGCAGCUUUGGUUACAAUCUGUCUCCUGUCUUGCUACAAGCACUGGAAAUUAGAUACGCAUCUGGCGCACCUAGUGCGUAUGGUCCCCCUCCUGGUAUUACUUUCGACCGCUUCGUGAGAGCGUGUGUUACGGUCAAGACUUUGACCGAGACAUUCCAAAGGGCGGAUCAUGAUAAUGACGGCUGGAUUCAGCUCAAUCAUGAAGAGUUUUUGAAGAUCGCGCUGAAUGCCCCUUAAACCGCUUUUCAUUAAUGGAUUCUGUAUUCAUGAUCGCCAUGUAAUGUCUUCGGAGAUUCGAUGUUCUAUCGAGAAUAUGUAUACUACAACCCUCAGAAUGGAUGAACGAGCAUCAUCAAACAUGUAUUAUUUCUGACAGAACAUGAAUUUUUUUAAACCUACACUGGUAGCUGGUGCUUCAAUGGAUGAUGACCUCUCGUGAGCGCCGAAUGGGUGCAGGAGGAUGCUGCAAAAGCGACUACAAGCACUACCAUUCGGAAGCCCUGUCGAGAAUUGGCGCUGAGCGCUGCGAGGCAGUGUGAGCUGCGCAGCGAAAUAGGAGGAAACAGAGUCUCGGGUGCAAUUUGCGUACAUUUGGACCAAGUUUGUCCCCUUGACUGCGGAACACCACUCAUUGCUGCAUUGCAUCUCUUUCAUUCGUUACGUUAACCAUGGAUUGCUUCU